GAAAAGGGUAACAUACCACGCACACUUCAGUCCAUACCACACAGCACCGCACCGCACCGUAGAGAAAAAUCUCUCUCUCUGAUUCGUUAGCGCCCGCUAGGGUUUUCUUCAAUUACAUAUCUAUUACGCUACUUCAUCGCGCAAUCUUACGCGAUUCUUUAUGGAGGGACCUGGAAUGGAAGAGAAUAUUCCUGAGAAUAAUUCCAAGUCUGAGGCGCAUUUGACUUCUGCUGCUGCUUUUGUGGAGGGUGGAAUACAGGAUGCUUGUGACGAUGCUUGCAGCAUAUGCCUUGAAGCCUUCUGUGAUAGUGAUCCUUCCACGGUGACAAGUUGCAAGCACGAGUUUCAUCUUCAAUGCAUUCUGGAAUGGUGUCAGAGAAGCUCCCAGUGCCCCAUGUGUUGGCAAUCUAUCAGUCUCAAAGAUCCAACGAGCCAGGAAUUGCUUGAGGCAGUGGAAAGAGAGAGGAACUUUAGGUUCAACCCAUCAAGAAAUGCCACAAUAUUUCAUCACCCAACUCUGGGGGAUUUUGAGUUACAACAUUUGCCAGUUGGAGCAAAUGAUGCCGAUCUUGAAGAGCGUAUAAUCCAACACUUAGCUGCAGCUGCAGCAAUGGGGCGAGCACGUCACAUUGCUAGAAGGGAAGGCCAGAGGAACAGGUCAUCAGCUCAAGGUCGCCCACAUUUUCUGGUAUUUUCGACUCAUCCUAAUUCACCUCCGAUGGCUCCUGCUUCUUCCUCUCCAACUCAGAGGGGGGAUGGUGAACCAACUCCUGCAAUUGCUGUUGCCACUGUAUCUUCAACGCCUGCAACUGGAGAAGAAUCACCACAGCUGACUUUAGUUCCUCCCAUUCAAGCUGACCAGGUGUCUGCUUCUGGAUCUGGGUCUAUUGCCCUAGCUACUGAUCAUCAGGGAUCAUCUUACAACAAUAGGAGAUCUCCCAAUCAGUCUUCUCCGAGUAGUCAAGACAGAGCAGGGCCAUCAGAAUUCCAGUCAUUUUCAGAUUCUCUGAAAUCUAAACUAAAUGCUGUGUCAACUAGAUACAAAGAGUCAAUUUCCAAGAGCACAAAAGGGUGGAAGGAGAGAUGGUUCUCUCGUAACACUUCUAUGUCUGAUCUUGGUUCUGAAGUUAGGCGAGAAGUUAAUGCAGGGAUUGCAACUGUGUCUCGAAUGAUGGAACGCCUGGAGACCAAGGACAGUGAUAGAAACAAUAGCAAUUCUGCUUCAAGUAAUGCAGAGGAUGAUUCAGUUCAGGGAUCAAAUGAUCAGCAUUUAACGGACACUGAAGGGAACAGUCUUUUAAGAGACAAUAACACCAAAACAUCCUGUACUGCAGGUUCUAGCUCAAAUUAAGCAUAUAGAAGGAAUUGCAUGAACUCUGAGAUUUAUUUUGUCUAAAAGGUAGAAAUAGAAUUGCCCAUUGGGGGAUAUGAAAUUCCGUGGAUGUGGUGCAUUGCCUAUUGGUUGGCGCAGGCCAGGCAAGUGAUAAUCCAUUGACCUGCAGAAGAUGACCAAAUAUUGUGAUAUUGGAAAUAAAGAACUUAAAAAGGCAGCUGUGGUCUCUCUUGUUUGAAACUUAGGAAACCUAUAUAUGAUUGUAUAUUAAACUUGUAAACUUAUUUAUAGAUAUUCCUCAGAUAAUCUUUCAUAAAGUACCGUGUUUCUUCUA